CCAACCACUAAUCAUCAUCCACGCUUCUUUCCGCUGGCUGAGCAUGUUGCGUCCCUUUGUUUACUUGUAUAUGCCCGUGUAACUACGCAACGACUCCAUCACUUCAGAGACCAUUCGACCCAAAAUCCUCCUUGCCAUCCUCCUCCAUACUUGACGCGCAUAUUAGACACUCUUCCGCUCGGAAUUACUCUCUCUAAACCACGCUCGUCGCACGGCCUCCCACGUCAAUGCGAAUCGAUACCCAACCGAUGAUCGUCUCAUCCUGCGCUGCCUCCUUUCGAACGUUGCGAUUCACAUGUACACCUCUUUCUGAAGACUUCGCUUGCAAGAUUUAGACAAGAUACAUAGCCCCAGUGGAAAGCCAAGGACACACUCACCAUGGCCGGUCUCAGCGUAGGCGACACGGUCCUGGUGCCGGGCGACAUGCACGGCACCGUCAAAUUCAUCGGACCUGUUACUGGGAAGAAGGGCGUCUUUGCAGGGGUCCAACUGGCGACAGAGUACGCACCCAGAGGCAAGAAUUCUGGCGAGGUUGACGGAAGAUUCUACUUCAAAACCACCAUACCCGGAUCAGGCAUUUUUCUACCCGUAGAAAAGGCCGUCAAAAAGACAAUCGGCCUAGGUGUCCGUGCGAGCCCAGGCGCUGGAACGCCCACGCGCCUGAGUAGUUUCAACCAAGGUGGUCGCACGCCUGGGACGGGCAUCGCGAAACCAAAUUUCAGCCAGUCGGUAGGACCAGGAGUCAGGGCUGGCGCCGCAAGCCCAGCGCUGAAACCCCCAGCGCGCAGGGAAAGUCUACCACGUCCUUCGAGCCCGCUCCGCAAGACCGUGACACCGACCGGAAAGGCACUGACUACACCCAAGACUCGACCAAGUGGUAUCGGGUUGGGCCUCGGGAAGAGCACCAAUGGUGGGCCAGGAUAUCGUCCCAGUACAGGACGGCCGACGACGACUUUUAGCCAGAAUUUACGACACAGCACAAACACGUCCAGUGUGGGUAGCGGUACAAGCCCCUCAUUGGGCCCCGAGUCAAGUUUCGAUGAAGGCUCUGGGGAAGGAGACAAUACGCCCACGCCAACACCCCAUGCAAAUCGGAGUGUGGAUGUCGAGCAGUACGAAAAGAAGAUUCGCGAAUUGAAUGACGAGCUCAAUGUCGCGAGACGGCAACUGCGUGAUCAGGGCGCCAAUUUUGCGGAGAUGGAGAGCAGUUUCAAUGAAUUACAAAAACUCCUACCCAACCUCGAGGCCGGAAAAAGAGAUGGUGGAGACGACGAAGAUGAUGAUUUGCCUCGAGAUGUGACCGAGCUCAGAGAAAUCAUAAGGGAGAAGAACGACAAGAUCAAGUUACUCACCGCAGAGUUCGAUGUAAAUCGUGCUGAUUUCAGAAGCACUAUUGACACACUGGAAAUGGCGAGCACAGAGACAGAACGCGUCUACGAAAAGAGGGUUGACGAACUGCUGGAAGAGGUGAGAAACCUCCAAGAUCGAAGUGAGGAUGUCGAGUCCGUUGCACAACAGCUUAAGCAGCUCGAAGAACUUGUGCAGGAGCUCGAAGAAGGCCUCGAGGAUGCAAGGAGAGGAGAAGCCGAAGCGCGAGGGGAGGUUGAGUUCUUGAGGGGGGAGGUCGAGAGAUCGAGGUCAGAGUUGCGACGAGAACGAGAACGUUUAAAGACUGAGGAACAGCUCAAUGGGUAUUCCGCGGGCGACGUCGACGAUCUCAAGGUCCAACUAGGUGCAAAAGACGAUGAGAUUAGAGGUUUGAAAGCGAUCAUACAAAGUCUCAACGAAGCCCACGACAAAUCCCCCAAGAUCAACGGAUCAAAGCCCAAUGGACUGACGAGGAAGGACAAGCCGUCCGAUGAAGAAGAUGGGGAGGAGAACAGAUUAAGCAUGCGACAACAGAUCAGGGAUCUCGAGAUGUUACUGCAACAGAAGAGUGCGCAUGAGGAGGAACUUGCGAACGAGGUCAAGCAUUUGAGAAACAGCGUUGCUCUCUCAAAGUUUCCGAUGCCAGGUUCCGCAUUCGGUCUACAUACCUCCAUCCGGUCACCUCCAGGAGGACACUCCAGAGAAAACAGUGAAGAUAUGGACCGAAAGCACCUCAGCACAGGUACCACGGGUAGUCAAAGAACCGUUGUCCUAGGACGCAGUUCUGGCCCACAGGGCAAUGCCCACGACUGGCAAGAUUCCCACCGACGAAGCCAAUCCCCUCUUAAACACGAUCAAAUGGACGAUGGGGUGACGGACAUUUCCAGCUCGAGUGCGCCCCUGUGGUGCGAAAUCUGUGAAGAGAGUGGCCAUGACAUCUUGAGCUGCUCCAACAUGUUUGGACCUGGUAAGAGCAACAAGGCCCAGGGUAGUCUGGGCAAGAGAAGCGGAAAGGACGUUGUCCGCGAAGGCCUGAGACGAAGUGGCGAUCAAAGUCAGAUCCUGUCGGGAGCGGACUCGGAUCGACCAGCACCCUUGGUCAGUCGAAAACAUAACAAUAAUUCUGCUGGUGCUGCUUCAAACGUUACGAGUCCGCCACCCACGGGCACCUUACCUCCUCCUCCACCUCUACAGCCUGUAGACGACGACAAACCUCCCACGCCUCCAGCCAAGGACGAGCCACCCGUAUCUUCGGCAGCACCUGGUCCCUCUCCCGCUCCGGCACCUGCCAUGAUCGAGGGCACUGGUAUUCAAGCGGGUAUGUUGGCUGGCCGGACCAGUGGUGUGAUCGACCCUGAGAAAUGGUGCGCGUUGUGUGAGAGGGACGGUCAUGAUUCGGUCGAUUGUCCUCUGGAAGAUGCUUUCUAGUGGGGAGCAUCGGGAUAAUAAUAAGAAGAAAAAAGGUCAUGUUAAUGCGUCCGUAAUUGAGGUGUGGUGGGGGGUGUUUGGAAAGGAAAAGUUGGAUUAUACAUGAAACCAUUCAAAUCAACGAGUAUCUCGAGAAAGGCAGAGAGUUUGUGGUAUUUUUUCUUCUCUCUUCUUUUACAACUCUGUCUCUAUAAUACCUCGGGGAAAAGUCAUUGCUCGCAUCUACUACUAGUACUACUACUACUACUACUACUACUAC